AAAUCCUUGCAUAAAUCAAUGCUCCUUUCCUUCAGAAUCUUUUCCUCCUACGGAUCUGGUUUCUUGCCCUUACACUUCCCCUCUCUCUCUCACUCUCUCCGCACUGUGCCUCGGAGAGGAGGGACGAGCAUUCUCCCUCUCUCUCACUCUCUCAGCACUGUGUCUCAGAGAAGAGAGGAUGAGCAUUCUCAUUCAGGAGUUCUCUUUGAAUAGUUUUAAUUACAAUGACCGGGGGAGCUAUCCCUCUUGAUUAUAGUAUUGCUCGCAAGCUGAUUUCCUUCUCAAAUAGCAGAAGGUCCCGUUCGCCGUUCUCCUGAAAACCCCUCUUUGAAUUUUCCCCAAAUCCAAGCAUCCAUUUUUCCAACAUGGGGUUUGGUUAAGUUUGUCUCUUGUGGCACCGCCCAACUCUGAUUCCCAAUGGGCACGUCUUUUGUGUUGUUUUCUGGGUUCCUUUGUUCUUCUGAGGUGUGUUUGGGGAUGAAAGGUUUGCUGUGUAACGAAAGAUGCUAGCGCUUUGUGGGCUGUUCGAUUUGGGGUUGGAAAUCGGAAUUUAUGAAAGGAAAGCAGUAGGAUGGGUCGGCGAGUCACGACUCUCCAUCGGUGGAUUCUCGGAACUGUGAUUUUUUUUACAGCAAUCUGGGGAUCAAGAGGGCUUGUUGUAGCUUUGUCUCCAGCCAUACAUGCUGAUCCUCCACAUAUAAAAGAGAGAGCAUACAGUCCUGUGUAUCUUACCAAGUCACCAAGCACAUAUGCACCUAGUCCAGUAAUUCUCCCAAAAGAUCCUCCUGCUGUAUUGCCACCUACAAUCAAGGUCGUGCCCCCUGCCAUCCAUGCGGAACCAUCUCCGCAGCCUCCUCCUCUGUCUCAUCAUGUCAGCAUGGAGCAUAGAUCUCCUAGAACAGUACCUCCUUCUAUAGCCCAUGACCUUUCUCCUUCCUAUACAUUUGCUCCACCCAAAGGUGGUGCUCAUGGAAGAGCGCCUAACAGUAAUUCUCCAGUCAUAUUGCCACAUGCUCCAGCUUCAGCUUCGCCAAUACAUAUUCCAAACAAUACCGCCAACAAACCACCAAGUAUUGCAAGAAUGGCUCCACCACCAAUUGUUGCAAGAAUAGCUCCAUCAGCAGCACUUCCUCCUCCGAAUAGAGAUUUUUAUCGACCUGCAAUUCGUCCAACUUUGAAUAUCUCCCCUGUCAGCCAUGGGAAGAGGUAUGGCAUGCCAGUUGCUGCACCACCGCAAGAUAUACACAACCAUAUAUCUCCUGUAACUAACAAACACUUCAAAGGUUCUUCUCCUGUGAUCAGCCCUAUGCCACAUGAAGUUAAGGGGCCAUCAAAUACAACACAAGCUCCUAUGAUUUCACACCCCCGACCUCCUGCAGCACGAGUACCUCAUGGCCCUGCAUUUGCACCUGCAAUUCCAAGUCGCCAGCAACAAGGUAGGAAAAGAGUAGGAAACCCUGCAACUGCUCCAUUUUCCCUGUUUCCUCCACCAUCAUCCCAACCAGUUGAAAGCCCUGUGGUCUCUCCAGCUCCAACAGUGUUCCCAAAGAAUAGGCGAAGGCAUCAUGCUCCUCUGCCCUAUUUUCAAGCCCCUUCUCGUCCUCCAUUUCAAGCUCCAGCUCCUUCACCAUCAUCGCUAAUUCCUUCGGGCCCAAAUGAAUGGCCCAGCCCGUCUCCUUCUGUGUCUGUUUCUAAGGAGCCAAGGACACCAUCGCCACAACCUGUGUGGUCUUUACCACCACCACCUCCUAAUCUGGAUUGUAGUUCUUUGACAUGUACAGAGCCUUUAACAAAUCCUGUUCCAAGAUCGCCAUGUUUCUGCGUUUUGCCAAUUAAAGUUGGACUUCGUCUGAGUGUUGCAUUAUACACAUUCUUUCCCUUGGUUUCUGAGUUUUCCCAAGAAGUUGCCUCUGGAAUUUUUAUGAAACAAAGCCAGGUCCGCAUUAUGGGAGCAAAUGCAGCAAGUGAACAACUUGAGAAGACAGAUAUCCUUGUCGAUCUGGUGCCAUAUGGAGACAAAUUUGACAACACUACAGCACUUUUAACUUAUAAGAAAUUCUGGCUAAAGCAGGUUGUCAUAAAAACAUCACUUUUUGGGGAUUAUGAUGUUUUAUAUGUUCUCUAUCCAGGGCUUCCUCCAUCUCCACCAGCAUCACCCGCAAACAAUAAUGUUGGCUAUGGGACAAUGGGCAGCAGUAAUGCAAGGACAAUAAAACCUCUAGGAGUUGAUGUGAGAAAGCAAAACAAAAAACUUAGUGGCAGAAUAGUUGCUGUUAUAGUGCUAUCAUCUUUCAUAGCUUUGAUUUUAUGUGUUGGAGCUGCGUGGCUUCUGUUGGUGAAACGAAGAGAUCAUACUUGUCUACCUGCAGCAAGAGUUCCACAUACUUUGCUACCAUAUUUUGGAAAGCAAUCAGGAACUGGACAUGUGAUUCUUGGAAGCAGGUCUAGUUCAGCAUCAGCUUCCUUCAAUUCCAGCAUCACAUAUAAAGGAUCAGCACAAACAUUCAGUAUCGCUGAGAUUGAAAGAGCUACAAACAGAUUUGAUAGUUCUAGAAUAAUUGGAGAAGGUGGUUUUGGGCGUGUAUAUCGGGGUGUGCUCGAGGAUGGAACCAAGGUGGCUGUAAAGGUUCUCAAGAGAGAUGACUUGCAAGGUGGAAGGGAAUUUUUGGCAGAGGUUGAGAUGCUUAGCCGUUUGCAUCAUAGGAACUUGGUCAAGUUGAUAGGUAUAUGCACGGAGGAGCACAUCCGUUGCCUGGUCUAUGAACUUAUUUCUAAUGGCAGUCUGGAAUCUCACUUGCAUGGUGUAGACAAGGAAACUGCUCUCCUUGAUUGGAACACCCGUUUGAAGAUUGCACUUGGUGCAGCUCGAGGCCUAGCCUAUCUUCAUGAAGAUUCAAGCCCUCCGGUAAUACAUCGGGAUUUCAAGUCUAGCAACAUUUUAUUGGGGCAUGAUUAUAUGCCAAAAGUGUCUGAUUUUGGCCUGGCCAGAACGGCUAUGAAGGAGGGGAAUGAGCAUAUCUCCACACGUGUUAUGGGUACAUUUGGUUAUGUGGCCCCUGAAUAUGCAAUGACUGGGCAUCUUCUUGUUAAGAGCGAUGUCUAUAGCUAUGGUGUCGUUCUUCUUGAGCUCCUUACUGGAAGGAAGCCAGUGGACAUGUCAAAACCCCCUGGGCAAGAAAACCUAGUUGCAUGGGCUCGUCCACUUCUUACAAGCGUGGAUGGUUUAGCGGCGAUUAUUGAUCCAGCUCUUGGCACUAAUAUACCAUUAGACACUCUGGCAAAAGUAGCAGCCAUUGCAUCAAUGUGCGUUCAACCGGAAGUCUCUCACCGUCCAUUUAUGGGAGAGGUAGUUCAGGCCUUAAAAUUAGUCUGCAACGAGUGCAAUGAAUAUAGAGGACCUGAAAGCUGCAGCCAGGGGUCGUCGACUCAAGAGAAAGCAAUCAAGGUCAGUAGGGGGUGGAGUCUGGAAGCAGAGAGAAUUCUAUUAGCAUCUGACAUAUCCAGUAUGCCAACAAGGUUAACCAGUGACGAGUCUGGUUCCUUUCAGGGGCACUCUAGUUCCGGUCCUUUGAAGACAAGCAGGAGAAGACAAUUUUGGCAGAGACUAAGAAGUUUGUCAACAGGAAGCAUGAGGGGCCAUGGGGUUGCACUCAGGUAUGAGACAGGUUCGGACAGAGGGUGCCCUUAGAGAAUUGAUCCCUGUUCAUCUUUAGAGAUGUAUUUGGAAAUCUGGCAUGGCAACUCCAAGGCAAGUGAGACAUGAAAGGUCCAAGGAGUUGGCUAUGAACAACUUUUUCAUCAACAAUAGCAAAGUCUGCAAACUGUUGGGGAAAUAAAAAGAGAAGCUUGGUGUGGGAAUGCGGAAUAAGAUGGUGAACUACUGUUUUGAGCUUAUUGAAGAGUGUUGCUUAAGCUCGUGGCUUGCUUGUGGGGCCUUAACAGAGAGCUGCAAGAUUUGAAAAGGCUGCGUUUCUUAUUCUGAACUCAAGAGUCAUGUUCAUGGAGCUCGUAAUCAAUUGUCAGUUUCCUCUAAUCACCUUUUUUCAAUAAAAUUUGAUACACAGGAGAUCGUUCUUAUCCCAGCAAAUUUAGUUCGUGAGACUGUUGGAUCUCUAUUGUCUGAUCAGUUUAGUCUAUUGGCCAAAUAUUUCUAUUUUUUCUUUUAA